AUGGACCCUGUGUUGGCGAGGUCUGUGCAUGCCUCCUCCAAUGCCAGUCUAGACAGAUCUCUUCUGAACCACAGUGACCCAGUGGAGUACUUCUCAGGUCUUCAGCUACUGUUGAGCUACCGCUCUUUGUUCAUCCCUCUUUACUGCCUCCUGGUAGCCGUGGCUUGCGUGGGCAAUGCCCUCCUACUAGCCUGCAUCCUGAUGGACCGGAAGCUCCACAACGCCACCAACUUCUUCAUAGGGAACCUGGCCACAGGCGACCUGCUCAUGUGUCUGUGCUGUGUCCCACUGACGGCCUCCUAUGCCUUUGAGCCCCAGGGCUGGCUGUUCGGACAACCACUCUGCUCCCUGGUCCCCCUGCUGCAGACGGCCACAGUCUUCGUCUCUGUGCUGUCUCUCACAGCCAUCGCUGUGGACCGCUACGUGGUGGUGGUUCACCCUGUACGGAAGAGGAUCUCCCUGAGGGGUUGUGGCACCCUGGCAGUUGGGGGGUGGCUGCUGUCCCUGUUGCUGGCCACUCCGCCAUCCCUCCACACGCAGUACGUGGACCUGCGUCUCAGCGGCGUGGAGCUGGUCGUGUGCGAGGAGUUUUGGCCAGACUCAGACCGCCUGCGGCUGCUGUACUCCUGCUUCGUUCUGCUCACCUCCUACCUGCUGCCCCUGCUGUCAGUCAGCGUGGCCUACUGCUGCAUCACGGUCCAGCUCCGCCAGCGUUGUCUCCCGGGGGCUCCCUCCCACAGCCGGCAGCGCUGGAACAGGAAGAAGAAGAAGACCUUCUCCCUUCUGGUGCUGUCGGUGCUCUCCUUCGCUCUUUGCUGGCUGCCCUUGCAGGUGCUUAACCUGCUGUUAGACCUGGACCAGGAAUUCCUGCUGGUGGACAAGCGCUACAUCAACCUGCUACAGGUGUGCUGCCACCUGCUGGCCAUGAGUUCCACCUGCUACAACCCCUUCAUCUACGCUUCGCUCCACAGCAAGGUGCGUUUGCGCCUGCGGAACUACCUGAGGCCCCUUACUGGGCGGGGCCACCAGAGCAGUUUGCUCUACCAGCAGGCAUUACAGCACAAAACUACCACCUGUCUCAGUAUGGUGUCUGAGAAGCCGGUCAGAGAGGAGCAGGAUGGGCCCCAGACCAGCGCUGACAACUCCUUCUGA